AUGCAGCAGUACACGGCGGCGCUCCUCAAGUACGCGGAGCAGACCUGGAAGAUCGAGAAGAAGACGAAGGAGGGGCGCGCGGACUACGCGACCGUCGCGCGGCGGUCGCUGCCCGACGACGAGGCGCUGGCCAAGGUCCACGUGAACCGCGUCGCCGUGCUGUUGAAGAUCAUCGCCAAGAACGACGGCGACGCGCACCCGCUGCCGCCGCCGGCCGAAUCGCGGCUGCCCGCGUUCUCCGCCGCGAAGCCGCUGGACCCCUACAAGCUCGUGCAGAAGUGCUUCCCGUCCAAGUACGACCGCCUCGAGCUUUUGCGAUGCGCUUUACAGGACGCGGAGCGGGCCGUGGCGCUCCACGGGAAGAGCGCGAAGACGCGGUUCCGCCGCGCGCAGGUGCUGCGAUUGUGCGGCCGCGCGACGGAGGCGCACCGCGAGCUGUCCGCCGCGUUCCCCCUCGCGCCCGAGGACCACGUGCUCUGCCUCGAGCUCGCGUCCAUGAACGCGGACUUCCACGUCGCCUACGAGCAGAUCCUGGAGACGAAGCAGGGCAUCCGGCGCGGGCAGCACGCGCUCCGGUGCCUCUUCGGCCGCAAGUUCGAGGAGAUGAAGAACGUGGACCUCAGCCAGAGCAAGCACGGCGACUUCAUGCGCGUCUGGGCCAUGUCCUACCGGAGCGGCCAGCGCGAGGCCCACAUCUGGUCCGUGCUGAAGAAGGUCAUGGUCGCCGCGGAGCAGUCCGCGAUCCCGCGGCUCCGCGAGAAGUUCCCGGACUGCGCGGCGCGCAAGGCCGACGAGCUCACGGAGGAGCUCCACCAGCUGAUCGCGACCAUCGGCUCCGUCGAGUUCCUCUUCCCGGGCUGCUUCGUCGAGGGCGACUGGAUGCCGAAUCUGUUCUUCUGCUUCAUGUGGAACGACACGGACCGCGCGGACUGGGAGGUGAAGAAGGGCAAGAAGGAGAAGAUCAAGCAGAAGGAGGAGCGCCUCGCGCCGGGCACCUUCGGCAAGCGCCUCUUCGAGAAGGUCCUGAACCGCGACAAGACCGUGCUCUUCGACUUCGACGUCGACGACGAGUUCCAGCGGCCGCUCAUCCGCGUCGCGACGCGCCUCUUCCGCUACCAGGUCGUGCUCUCCUUCUGCGUCGAGCUCAUCAAGGAGGUCGUCGGCGAGGCGGGCCACGAGCCCGUCAACGCGCGCGAGGAGCUCAUCAAGGAGUGGAAGCAGCGCGGCCUCUACGUCGAACGAGCCGAGUACAACUACAAACCGCCGCCGAAGCAGAUGCGCCGGGGCUCGACGCCGCCGUCCCCGGCUCGGAGCGCCGCGGGGUCGCUGGCCGACGCUUUGAUGGUCGAGGAGGUGUAUGACGACGACGGGCCGAGCAACCUGGGCCACCCGCUCUUCGACCUCAUGCACCAGGACUUCUUCCUGCCCACGCUCUACGGGCUCAUGGGCCUGCGGGAGUACAAGAGCUGGGCGAACUACGCCAUGUCCUGCUACGGCUUCUCGUCGUUCAUGCCGUUCGUCCAGGACCUCCGGUCCAAGGUCGUGCUCGCGCAGGAGAUGGAGCGGAACGCGGCGCGGGCCUUCGUGCAGACCAUGUCCGCCGUGACGACGCAGCCGUCGUUCCGCGUGCCGCGGCUCCAGACGGAGGCCAUCGGCUGGAUGCGGAUGACGGAGAGCACGUCGCUGUGCACGUCGCGCCACGCGUUCAUGUACGUGUUCUGCAGCUCCUUCCACGAGUCCGUCUUGCUCCUCCCGAGCUUCACGUCGCCCAAGCGCGACGCCGUGUCCGCGUCCAUGUCCUGGAUCCACGAGCUGCGGACCUACCUCGCGAAAGUCGCGAUGCUCGCGCACGGCCGCCGCGAGGUGCUGAACGGGGGGCAGCCGACGAAGUCCAUCGGGAACAUGGCGGACAUCGUGCAGCAGUUCGGCAUGUCGAACUCGACGUGCAUUCUGGGGACCAUCUACUUCGAGCGUUUCUUACGGACGCUCAAGAACUCGCACUUUUUGCUCGUGGACUCGAAGUGGUUCCCCGUGUUCAUGUGCUGCAUGCUUUUGGCGGCCAAGGUCACGGAGGACUCGACGCACGGGCUCAACUGGAAGCUCGCGGAGAUGCUCGCCAAGUACGAGGACAUCGACAGCGACUCCGUGCUCCAGAUGCUCAACCACCUCGAGAGCCUCAUCUUGGAGACGAUCGACUACAACAUGUCCGUGCCCGACGACCUCAAGGUCGAGUUCGAGAAGCAGCCGGCGAAGGUCGUGCACUGGCUGCUGGCGUUUUUGGUUUAUUGCGGCGCGUCGGAGAAGGAGCUCGCGGAGGGGUCGAAGCCGCACCUCGCCUACAUCCGGAGCGUGCACCGCGUGCCCUUCAUGAAGGACUUUUUGGACCGGUCCGUCCAGUUCCUCAACUCGCAGAACGACCUGGGCACCAUGGACAUGCACGGCGUCUUUGAAAACUUGCGGUUCAGCUUCGAGUCCAUCGGCUGGGUCUCCGCGAAGCACGUCGCGCACUACGCGUGGAUCUUCUUCGUGAUCUUCGGCGCGACGCGCGUCAUCUUCCGCAUCAUCUACGGCUACGGCUGCGCGUCGAACUGGGCCUGCGGCAUGCGCAUGGAGAACACGACGGUGUGCAUUUUGGUCGCGGGCGCGUCGAUCAACGCGCUCUGCACGAAGCGGCUCGUGUCGGACAUCGACAGCCUGCGCGCGUGGCUCGUCGCCGCGACGGACAUCUCGGAGAUGUACACCGAGGGCGGCAAGGGCGGGCUCGUCAUCGAGGAGACCGAGUUCGUGCCCCGCUGGGAGACGCAGGUCACGGAGUCCAUCACGCCCUUCGUCGACGCGCUCCGGAGCAGGACGCUCUCCGCGGCCGAGAGCCUCAAGAACUCGGCGAAGAAGCGGCCGUCCCAGACCAAGGCCACCUUCGUCGCGAGCCUCAAGGAGACACUCUUCCCCUUUUUGUGA